AUGGCUCGCAUCACGGCAUCCGUCCUCGUCGCCGCCGGCUUGGCCCUCACCGCCAACGCGCAAGCUCCCGUCUGGGGACAGUGUGGCGGCACAGGAUGGACAGGCUCGACUAGCUGCGCUUCGGGAGCAUAUUGCUCCUCCCAGAAUGCUUGGUAUUACCAAUGUGUUCCCGGGACGGCGCCGGCCGUUUCCUCUACCAAAGCCACCAGCGUCCCGGCCUCGACCACCCGCGCCGUGACAACCACCACCUCCGUCCGCACCACCUCUUCCUCCCGCGCCCCGGCGUCAACGGCCACCUCCGUCCCGUCUCCAUCCGGGCCAAAGUACUUCAUCACCUUCGGAGACUCCUACUCCCAGACUGGCUUCAACAUCAACUCCACAAAACCCAACCCCCAAAACCCCCUCGGCAACCCAGACCUGCCCGGCUGGACCGCCUCAGGCGGCCUCGACUGGGUCGGCUUCAUGGUCACCCAGUUCAACGCUUCCCUGACCUACUCCUACAACCUAGCCUACGGCGGCGCCACCACGGACGCGAGCCUCAUCGCGCCCUACGCCACCACGGUGCUCAGCUUCAUCGACCAGGUGGCUGAGUUCUCGCGCAGUCUGGCGUCCAAGCCGAGCUGGGCGCCUUGGACGGCGGAUAAUACCUUGGUGGGCGUGUGGAUGGGCGUCAACGAUGUGGGAAACGCGUUUUGGCUUUCGAAUCGGGAGACAUUGUUGGUUCAGGUUUUGGGAAGGUAUUUUGAUCAGUUGCAGAUCUUGUAUGAUGCUGGGGUUAGAAAGUUUGUGUUGCUUGGUGUUCCGCCACCACUCGCAGAGACCACAUAUCAAACUAACAACCUCAUCUGCACAGCAACCCAAAAGACUCCCCUUAUGCUCGCCAACGGCGCCGACUCCAACGCCCAGCUCGCCGCUGCCAUCAAGCAGUACAACGACCUUAUCACCAGCAACCUCGCCGCCUUCAAGGCCAAGAACUCGGGCAUCACAUCCUGGGUCGUCGAUACCACUCCCGCGUUCGACAAGGCCAUUAACAACCCGACCGCCUACGGCGCUCCUGACGCCACGUGCUACAAUGCUGAUGGCGUUAGUUGCCUGUGGUUCAACGACUACCACCCUGGCGUGCAGAUCCAGAAGCUUGUGGCGCAGGCUGUUGCGGCGGCUGUAGGUUCGCCGUGGUUUACUUACGCAGCAUGA